ACAGUUUGGUUGGACGUUCAGUAACAUACGGUAACAGCAUUGUGAGAUAGGAGCUAACUUCGAUUUAAAAUUACCGAUUUAUUGGCUGGUUUGACCAUUACCCUUAAUUUGACAGUUGAAAUUAUUGAGAAUCUAAUUGUGUAGAUAAUUUAUACGCAUCUCAUCGUUGGAUCUACUCCAGCGGCCAUUCCAACCAACUGAUCGAGUCGCGCACCACAGUUCAAAUAUCAGGUGGUAUGAAUACUGGUACUAGUUUUUUAUCAAUUUUAGUUAUACUUAUAGUUGUUUCGAUUCCAAGCCACGAGAUAGAAUUUGUUGAUGAACCAAAUGAUAGUUAUGGGCUAGAGAACCAGCAAAUCACACUUGUUUGUUCAGCUGUAGGGUCUCCAAAUAUCACGAUUACAUGGCAUAAACUAGACAAUAUUUCUUUUGCAAGCGGUUCCACUAAAGUGGCUGGAGAUAGCGUAUAUUCUUCCUAUGGGUUUACUCUUGUUAGUGAAAAUGAGGGUGAUUAUUACUGCAAUGCAUCGGAUUCCCUUCACUGGAUUCAGUCCAAGAAAGCAAGUGUCCGAAUUUCAUUCCUUAACGAAAAGUUUAAGUUAGAGCCUCAAAGCAAAGUGGCAAAUAUUGGUGAUACAGUUUUAUUGGAAUGUAUUCCUCCUUUUGGGCUACCCAGUCCUACUAUUGAGUGGCUAAAGGAAAACUCUUCUCUGUUACCCAACAAUCGAAUACAGAUUAUGGAUGUUGGAAAUUUGAGGAUCGAUAGGAUAACGUGGCAAGACUCUGGUUACUAUACUUGCGUAGCCAAAUCUUUUGCUUACCGCAGGGAAAGUUCCAAGGCCUAUCUUACUGUUCGGCAGCGUCCAUACUUUAUUGUCUCACCUAAAAGUCAAUCAGUGCCAGUGCAUAGUGUAUUUGAACUGAGUUGUCGUGCUGCUGGGGAGCCCUCCCCUGUCGUUGUUUGGCGCAGAGAACCUUCAGUCCCCAGUAUUCCAUACUCACGUGUUCGGCUGCUUCUAGGUGGAACACUUCGUUUUGUAAGUGUUCAGUCUGAUGACUCUGGAUAUUAUAUUUGUCGGGCAGUUAGUUCGACAGGGAUUGUUGAAGCAGUCGCCUACAUAAAUGUUGUUACACCUCCAGGUUUGGUUGUCACGCCUCCUAGUAAAAUAUACGCAUAUGAAGGCAACCGGGUUGAGUUGUUUUGUAGUGUGACAGGCUCCCCAUCCCCAGAUGUUCGUUGGUUGCAGUGGUCAACUAAAACAUAUUUCAUCCCAACUGUAUCUGUAUCCGAGCGGAUUUACGUCACGAGUUCUGGGACUCUUAUUAUACUUACUGCCAGGCCGGAAGAUGCUUCUACGUAUGAAUGCCGCGCUUCGUCUCCUGCUGGUUUUACUAGGAGCCUGACAGAUAUUCAAGUUCUGUUUAAUCCCAAAUUAAUUCCAGGUCGUGUGGGUGCUGUCUCAACUCCUCAUAUUUUCGGUAAAAGUUUCCGCAGUCCAACAGCAGUACGAGUACUUUGUGGCAUUCCGUUGGAUCCUGUAUUCAAUUAUUCACAUGGAACUCAAUCUAUUUCUAAAGAACCCGAACUUAGCGCAAAAUCGGACAUAAUAUGGCUUAACAAUGGUGAAUUCAUUCAUAAACCAAGUUCAUCGAACUCUCGGAUUUCAAUCGAGGCAGAUGGCUCUUUACUAUUUAAUCCAUUUCGACCAUAUGAUGCAGGGAACUACACUUGUUCCGUCUACCGAAAAGUAAGCCAUCGGUUCGCACAGUACUCUUUCACUAUAAGCUUAAAAGAGCAUAAUGAUUCAAUAUAUCAACCUCGUACGUAUUCCCAGUUACCUUCACCUCCAGAAAAUGCAAGAAUUGUUAGUGUUGGUGACACGUGGGUAGUUUUAAAAUGGUCUGACAACAAUUCUUCUGAGUCAACAAGCUAUAAAGUUUACGUUUUACCGCAGAUUCAUUCUCAGAAAACAGUUCACUCAGAUCAACAUUUUCAGGACCUAAAGCACACUAAGACUACGAGUGAUCAUAUGAAGUCAGAUGAAACACAGAUGCCUAGUAGUAAACCCUUUAAACUGGAUACCUGGUUCACCGCAAUUGAAAAAACUUACCAUACCCAAGUCCGUAUAACAGGCCUAUUACCUGAUACCGGAUACUGGGUUGAAGUUAGAAAAGUUAAUAGUUUCGGAAUGAGUUCAGGAGCUCUAGUACCUUAUAUAGUGUAUACUGUAAAAAAGCCUUCUGAAAUUAUAUUUUCAUAUGUUUCAAAAAGUAAUAGGACAGUUUCUGAUUUGGUAAUCAAGCAUCCUGAUUCGUUUUUUGCUGGUGGUCAAACAGCUGUUGAUUUUCAGGAGCUGGUUUCAACAUUCCAAUCCAUCGAUUUACAUCGCAUAUCAAUCCGACCCCUCACGUCUUCCGAACUUUUGGUUAGCUGGGCUGCACGGUCUUCUAAUGAAGUGCUCAAGCGUAUUGAUGGUUUCAAAAUAAACGUGCGAUCAGUUCCAAUGUCACGUUGCAUAGCUGCUGUUACAUCUAAACCACCAAGCUAUUCGUCUGCCUUUCGCGAAAACAUUGGAGAUUCAGGAUCGUUGGAUAUUUAUGAUAUUAAUCAUGAGGAUUUUUCAUUUACUAGUUCAGUUCACUGUUCUUUCACAUCCCCUAAGCUUCUCGAACAAACAGUUUUAAUGGCUAAUGCAGUGAGUGAUAAAGAUGUAAUAUAUGUUGGGACCUCAGAUCACUCAUUUCAAAACAUAAUCAUCAUGAAGACUGUAUCUCGCGAUCAGCCGGUUGCUAAGGCUGUUAUCGGUGAUCUGUCACCUUUCAGUUGCUAUGAGACGGAUAUUGAAGCCUUCAAGGACGAUCCAACAUACGGUCGUAUUCUAAGCAGAUCUAGUCGAUCUGAAUUGGCUUUGACUCUCGAUGCACCACCCAGCUCCUCGCCAGAAUUAAUAAGCGCCGAAUGGCUUCUUCAUAUUAGUCCGUUAAAUCCCGAACAAAUAACAGGAGGUCAGAAAAUCAACUCUUCCACAUAUCCAUCUGAAAGUAUUCGAUUAUCAUGGAAACCACUUGAGUUAAAAAUGGCUCAUGGUGCACUGUUAGGAUAUGCAGUACAUAUCCUGGCGAACAAAAGUCAGUUCAGUCGUUCUCUUCAUGUAUCUGCAGACAUCCAUUCAAAAAAUAUUCAUGGCCUAAAUCCGUUCGUCGAUUAUAUCAUUUAUAUUUCUGGGAUAAACUGCAAAGGAGAGGGAGUACGUAGUUCUGGAUAUCAUCUUCGAUCUAUUGCCGCUGGGUUGCAUAAUCCUAUUAAGUCUUCUGAUUAUGAAUUGAAUUAUUUAGAACAUUUUGAUUUCCCUGUGUGGGGUUAUAUACUACUUUUUGGGUUUGUCGUCUUCUGGAUUUUGUUUGGCUUAUUUAUUCACUUUGUCGUCCGUCAAACUCCAAGAAAGCAGUGUUUAAAAUCUUCAGCCAAGUAUUUCCUUGCUAAUGGUUCUAACAUAGAUGCGCAGCAUCAGAAAACCUUUCGGAGAAAUAUUCUACAUGGAAUAAGUUUCGGAAUGUGCUGUACCUCGUUAACUUUCCAAAAAAACAAGUCAGAAAGUCACUCCAUUGUUGAUAGAAACUUGGGCACCGUCUUACUGAGUAGUGAGCAACAAGAGGUGGAAACGGGACAUCUACUCCAUCAUUUGAACCCAUCUCAAUCUAAGUUACAUAGUGAAAAACCUGUUUCUGAACACAAAUUAAUGACUUUACGUUCGGCCUCUGGCAAAAACGAAGCAACUUCUACAGGAUGUACACAUGCAGCAUCACCGCUGUUUGAGUACUUAACCGGCAAUGAAGACGUUGAGGUGUAUGCUAUCAGUGAUCCUUCUGUGUGUUCUAAUAACCUUAGUUACUUGCCUUCAGGUGUAUUGAAGAUGACUACAACAUCCGGUAGCAAUGCAACUAUCUUAAGCCAAAACGGAUUAACUGAAGAAAAUAUGUCGAAUCAAAGUAACCCAAUUAGCAGACCGAAAUUGCCAGAUUCAAUAAAUAUACCAUUCCCAGUACCUCCGAUUUGUCACUCAAAUUUAUGUACACCGAAACUUGCAUACCAAAGCAACUCUUUACAUUUACUGUCGCUGCCAGAUCGUUAUGCGUCAAACCAAUUAGACGAAUCUAUUAAUCCACAGAAGUUCACUUCAGAGGAUACUGUACCCGCGUAUGCAAGUUGUUCAGUAUUUAAUAUUCACAAAACGGAAGUCAUCGAUCAUUGUAAUCAACAUAGUGGAACACCAAGUGUUGUACCGAUGCGCAACAAUAGUAACUUGUGCACGAAAUUAAAAGUGAGUUCUAUAGAAAUUUCGCGUUUCUAUUUUAGCAGAUCGAAGUUUAUUUUUUCGUUUGUUUCUUAUGUAUUUGUCUGAAUAAGCGUCAAAAUAUUUUAAUGCAAAUUAUGGGUUUACAUAUUUAGCUUCCAGCUAUACUGUUUGUAUGGAAGCCAGCUGUACUAAUCAGGUGCCUAAACUGAAAUAAGUAGAGCGGAGUUUAAAUGUGCAACCUAUUGGUUAAGAGCUGAAAGCGCUAGCCCAUAAGCUACCACUCCAAAAGGCACUUGUCUGAAGAGAGCGAGCGGAUAUUUUAAGAGACAAAACCCCAUAUCUAGGUUAUUUUAGAUCUAGUUUAAAGAAGUUCUCGACCGAUGAAAUUUAUGAUGAAUACGAAUUCAAGUGAAUAAUGAACUAUUUUUUGACGGAUUCAUAUAAAAUCAUAUAUUCGAGCAAAUGUUUUCAUGGGCCGCUUCGAUUUUACAGUCCAGUAUGAUUAUCCCCCUAUUCGGAAUCCGAUAAAAUUAAUUAUUACUUUCAUUUCAAAGUAUUUUAUCGAAGUUAAGUUUUUUGUGGCUUUGCGACUUACAUACUAAUUCUCUUCGUGAUAUGUGGCUAUACAUCUUAUAGUUUAUAAUAAUGUGAUCUAAUAAUUUAAACUGAAGGUUGCUUAAUUCCGUUCCAACUCUCUAUACUAGGAUUUAAAUAAAUCAGUAUUAUUUUUCAUUGGGCAAGUAACUUGGAUUAUUUUUUGAUAACUAAAAUUACGUGUUUUUUUUAUCAUACCACUUGGUAAUGAUCGGAUUAGAUUUUCUUCCUUAUAGACAUUGGAUCUUCAUUUACAAAUAAACUUUAGUGAACAUUAUGUGUAAAAAAUUACUAGCUUUGAUGCAAAUCUAAUCCGAACAUGAAAUCAAAAUGUCAUAAUUUUGUUAUUUUUGUGAUAUUUAGCACAAUUAUAUGCAAAUCAACAAAGGGAACGUGAAAUGCCAUUAGUGUACUUAUAUUCUAUCCAUUUCUCAGCAUAUAUUUACCAGUAAAUAUAGGGUCUUUAGCCUGAGUACUUUUUGAUCGGCAUGAAAUCCUUAGAUUUAGCCUCCUUGUUCCUGUGCAUUCUGAUCAUACAUUACUAAGGUUGUUUGUAUCAGUGGUUAGUUUAAAAAGUGAGUUGGCCUAUUCAAUUUCUCAUUAUUAUUGAGGUAUUACUGGAGUUGUAUCUUGCCUGCCAAUUAUUAUUAGAUAC